AUGAGUAGGCCAGCGCUGAGCCAAAGCUGCGGAGGCGGCCGGGACAUCCGCUGGCCUAUCAACCCAUCAACUUGGAGCUGCAAUCAGCCAGCUCUGGAGUCUCGACUUCAGCCUUCAGGCGGUGAGCGCACAUCGACCGACAGCCGAAAUCUGUAUACGAUCGGAGCGAACUCCAUCCAACACCUACGACUAGCUUUGCUCCCUCUGUAUGUAUACUCCUGUCCAUUUCUGCCUGCAUAUCCGGACGAGCCACGCACCAGAGCAAGCUGGAUUUGUAUUGAUCGGGACUUCUACCACUAUGAAUUCUCUACUUUCGCCGCCGGACCCAAGCAGGCGAUUCUCAAAACGAUGGCAUGGAAUCAAACUGAUGAGGACCUGAUGCCUUGCCAGCCCAAAUGCCUCGGUUUAUGGAGUAGGACCUGCCUUACCAUUCUGUCAUGCCCUGACAGCUCUCACCCCUCGCCUCGAGCCCACUCAAUGAGCGGCGUAGUUUAUUUACAUGCAGCAAAGGUAGGAGCAGGUGUGAGGGCCCCAAUCCAUCUCGUUCUCGAAGUUCACCACGCUUGUUUCUUUUCUUCCCCGGCUGCAUAUAAACUCCUCCGACAUUUGGAACAUUCAUCCGACGAUAGAGGCAUCCAUUCUCAGCUAUCGAAUGCAAAGCGCAGCAUUCAAUGUUCGGAGACCUCUUCAACGAUCAUCGAAUCUUCCACUGCCGAUGGCGAGAUACGAAGAUGGCUCGGACGAGCUGGCAACUCCUCCGAGAUUUGGAACAUUCAUUCGACGAUAGAAGCAUCCACCUCUUCAAGGAUCAUGAAAUCUCCGAAUCCUGAUGGCGAGCUAUUGCAACACUUCUCCAGUUUCAGUAAUCCAGAGAUUCCCUCGACUUUAUUCAAUGUUCUUCGGAGACCUCCUCAACGAUCAUCAAAUCUCCAAAUACCGAUGGCGAGGUGUAUCAGGCAAUGGGAAUUGCAACUCUUCCCCAGCAUGAAUCGUGAGGCGCAAGACUUUUCAGAGACUUUCAUCCGGUCUCCGAAUACCGAUGGCGAGAUACUGGGCAGCGACGGCAUCCGUACCCGUACUCAUAAGAUCGUCCAUGGAGACAGCAUUAAUGGGGGUUUAAUCGAAAGGAAGAGCAGUACAUCCCAAAUCCAUUAUUGUAGGAAGGCCAGAAACGCAUCACUUCCAACGCCUUCACCACUCGUGUCCAAUGUUCCAGAGGCUUUGGCCAUCGCAAGUUAUGGAUGUCUCUGUGUUUUUGGAGUCAUAGGAGGUCGUACUUGUCUCGGAAGCCAAAUGGAGUUGGAUUCGAAGUCGCUGUCACGGGCACUCAACCACGUAGACCCUGCAUAUGAUUGGAAAUGCUGGAUAUCCCCAGCCCUUACUUCGACUUUGGAUAUAGAUACAGAGAUAUGUAAGGCACAAGACACGGAAGACACAGUGCCAGCCGGGAGUGGAAACAAGCAAGAACGCGCUUAUGACGAUUGGUGUGGCUACCUUCAGACGUCCCUCCCUCCUUCAGCACUUCUUCCCAACACACGCACUCUAGACAGCCCCGCGAACUGCUCCGACAACACCUUACAGACGACAAACACCGAUGCGUACACCACGCCCGAUAGCUUCGAAGCCACUGAUCCCACCAUUCGAUUCGGCCUCCGCCAUGUUGACGCUCUCAUCAUUACCACCCCGGAAGCGACGACGUCCCGCACUCUCUCAAGAAGACACAAACAAGAUCAAGAAUCUUCAUCCACGCCGAUCAACCACGAUGCCAGCAAUACCGACUCAAAAUCUCAGACCACUCCACCUCCAGGCCCAAUCCCUCCUCCUUCCUAUAAAACCUCUUCCACCACCACCACCACCUCCCAACCCCUCCCUCAAAUCCAAACCCCCAACCCUCCUCGCAAAAACCCACCUCGAAGCCCGAACCCAAGCCCUCAAAAUCCCAAAAAAGACAUAGUGGUAACCGAAACCCUCUGGCGCUAA